GACCCUUGGCGCGGACAAUCCGUCCUUGUAGCAAGAAGUGAAAAAUUGCAAUAUUUUCAUUCAUUUGAGCAAGGGUAUUCAUGGCAACAGACCCACCAGACAUACUAGAACAAGCUCUCGCAGAGGUUGGCCCUUAUAUUGGGUUAGAACCAGGGUCAGAAGUCAACCCCUACAGCUCUGCAGAUGUGGGGUCCCAGAUCACUCCUUAUAUUUCUAGACAGACAGAUAACCUUGUCCAAGACGUCCAGACGUUGUGUACAAGACUUGCUGAACAAGGGGAGGAAACUCUGUUUAUAUCUGUAAACAUAUCAGGCAACCAGUGUGCUUACCUUGGCUCCACGUUUGGUAAAGACUACAUAGAGAAGAAUGAUCUGGUGCAAGGAUUUUUUUCUUAUUGUAAUGAAAAGUACCAAUCCAGAUUUGACCAGUCCAGCACAUCCCAAGUAAAAUCGCCUAAGGCAUCCCCAGCCCAGGAUUCACGGCAACCAGGCCAAAAUAUCAACCAUGCAUCACAACAGUCAGGUCAAAACUCAAAUCAGAUAUCACAGCAACCAGGCCACAACAUCAACCAGUCAACACAACAACCAGGCCAAAGCUCUGAACAGACAUCACAGCAAACAGGCCACACCAAUAACCAGGCACCCAACCAAGCCUCAGUCGAUGUAACUAAGUCCCUCACGGCAGUAUCGAAUACUCCUGUAUCAGUGGCUACAUCAACCACUGGAUAUCAUUCACUGUUGACAAAGGAAACCAUCCAGGAGGUUGUUCAGAAGUCCCAGAUAGAAAGAGAUGGAAAGAAACCAGCAUCACUUACUUCUUCUGUAUCAUCAAUGCCGACAGCCAAUGAUGUUGCUGGACCUCCAGUUGCUAAUGUAAAAGGAUGUUCUGAAUCUGUAACAACCAAUGUUUCUAAGGCUAGCACACACCUGGAUAAAUCCAUAGGGACAGACUUUCCUGAUGAAGAAGAAAGUACAGUGUCUGACAGAAACAGUGUUCAGAAUAACCAAAAAGAGGGAAUGGAAAAAAAAUAUGUUGUGUAUAUACAGAAACCUCCAGAUGUUAACUCUAACAAGAGUGUCCUUGUGUAUAAACGACCUGAAGAACUUCAGAAAGAUACACUGAAGAAACUUGGAUUAGUAAAAUCUGGUGAAGAAACAAAUAACAAGCAGAAGCAAAUGGAAACAGCUAAGUCACAUGACCUUACCAAGGACCCGGAUGAAUCGGCCAGUAAAUCGAGAGAAGAUUACGGGAGAAACAGAAGACGUGGCAGGCCACCACGGUCAGUUACCAGUGCUAAUACAGUCAUUAGUGGGCUAGCAAAAGUCAAAAACACUCAGUCUGUUGACAACAAAACUUCUCAACAUACACAAUCUCUGGACGGAACUACCUUAGACAACUCGCAAGGACAGGUAACCAGAAAAGCAACAGACGAGCCGUCACCUGUAGGCAGACAAGCAGUGGACACAUCUACCUCACAACACACGCCAGAGGCAGGCACGAAAGGACCAUUUCACAUGAGGACAAGAAGCGGAGGAAAAGCAAAACGCAUGCCCUGGCUCAACAAAUGGAAAAACGAUGAUGAACCUGAUGAAAAGAGGAAAGAUAAAGAAAGACAGGGAACCACAUCUCCGCAGCAACAAAGCACAACAGGAAGGAAGCGAAAAAAUUUACAAAGUACUGAAGAUGGAAAGAAAAAGAUAAAAGUAGAGGUGGAAUCUGACAGCGAAACAAAUCACAAUGUUUUAGUCACUAGUGAAAAACCUAGAGCAUCAAAAAGACUAGCCAGCCGGUCGAUAUCUAAUCCAGAUGGAGAAUCAUCAAAAGAAUUGGAGAAUGAAAAGACUGAAAAGCUAGACACUCUUGUCGUUAUAGAAAAGUCAGUGGACGAAACUGGUGACGGAAAUUCUGAAGAGAUUGUGAGGCAGACAGUUACGAAAACGGGUGGCAGCGUAGAUAAGGCGAUAAAAUGUGAUACCGGAAGUGGGGGAGUAGAGACUGAGGUAGGAAGUGAGCAAAACGAAGAAAGUUGUGACAAAUGCGAGAUAUGUGGGGAUGACUAUGAUACUUCUGAAGCGCUUCUCGUACACAUGGAAAGUGAACACAAUAUUAAAAACUUGCAUGAAGAGGAAAGUGAAUCUGAUGAGGUGUCAAAAGAAAAAGAAACUUAUCGGUGUUUUACUUGUGACAAGGUGUUCAGCACGCCAUUCCGACUACAGAUUCACCGGAAGGAGCAUAGCUCUGGUCAGUAUGUGUGUAAUGUGUGUGGGAAAUGUUACCUACAGGAACGCGUCCUUCUCCGACACAUCAAUCAGAUGCACAAAAACAAAUUCCCGUGCACCGAGUGUCAAGAAAUGUUCAAAAGUCGACGUCAGCGCGAGGAACACAUGGCUAUCAAACACAAUCUGCCUUCAUUAUUUAAGUGUAAACACUGCGAGGAGAAGUUCGCUGACGUUAAAGCUCUACGGGUACAUGCCAAGUCUCACGUGACUCCAUGCAUCUGCGAGUUUUGUGGAAAAUCAUACCCUCGUCGCACCGAUCUUAUAAUGCACCGCCGUACUCACACGAAAGAGAAACCUAUCAAGUGUAAUGAUUGUGGACGCGGCUUCGCACGAGCGAGCACGUUGUUAAGUCACAAGCUGACGCACCGUAACUUUAAUGCCUUUCAGUGCGAGGUUUGUGGCCGCACUUUUAAAACCAAGGAAUCAAUGCGACAACACAAGAAAAUCCACACAAAUGUGGCAACUGUAAAAUGUGAACACUGCGAGCUGAAAUUUAGAACAUUUGAUGGCAUGAAAAAUCAUGUCAUUCAAGGUCAUCCAAAUAUAACGCCGCCGAAAAGCUGGCACGUAUACUCGUGUGAUAAAUGUCCGAAGAAAUUUGGCGGGAAACAGCAGUACAUCAGACACAUGAGUGUUCAUACAGGUGUGCGGCCACAUGAGUGUGAUAUAUGUGGAAAAUUUUAUCCCACACCUGGUGCUCUGAACACACACAAAAAAAUACACAAGGAAUGCAUGCCGGAACGUCGGUUCCAUUGUAAUGUAUGCAAUCAUCAUUUCGGGAUAUUUUCCAAGAUGAAACGUCACUUGGAAACGGCAAAACAUAUUCAAUAUUGCUCGGCAGUAGGCGUUGAUCCGUUGGGAAAUCUACGGGAAUACGAAGCCAAGAUUGCUGCUGAGGGAAACACACGUGUUCAUGUUGGUGGUGUCCAGGUUCCCGCCGACGGGUCUAUGCCCAUCGUUAUUAAGAAUGAGAUUUCGGAAUUAGCUGAGUAUGAGGGAGACGAAACAGUCGAAUGUGUGCUGAUACAUCUCCCUGACGACGAGGUGGCACUUCAAGAUGGCGCCCAGAUUGUGUACAGUAUAAAUACUGAAGACGGAACGAUAGAAUCGGUAUUUCAUGAGAGCGCCCCACAGGAAGAAACUGUUACUGAACAAACACAAUGAUCAUGUUUAAAAGCAGCAGUAUUCCUGAAAAAAAACACCCAACCUCAAGAAAAAGCAACAGAAAUGCUGUAAUCACGCAAGAUUGUGACGUUUCACAAAAUGCUCACUCCCAUCGGAAGAUCUACGCGCACUUCAGCUGAAACAAACCGGGGCAGUGCACACUUUGUGAUCUUGCGAGAAUGUAACAUUUCAACACAGCGUUCCCAGGUAGAAACCGCUAGAGUUAAAUAACACAUGUUUGGUAACUCUGCCGUUUUAAAUGUCUGAUGGAGGGAGGCGUUACUGCAUUUUGACUCACACAGUGACAGAACUAGUCGAUAUCAUUCACUAUAACUUGUAUUGAUAGAGAGAGAUGCACAAUGUCAACAGUUACCGCAGUAUGACAUCAGUAACAUAUCGAGGAUUCUAUUCAGUGUACCAUUCAUAUGGAAGACACCGAUAGUGUGUGGCAAUGGAGCAAAGUUAAAUUGAAGUUAAUUGUUCGGUAUUUGUGAUCACGAAAAUUUCCCUGAAAGCGUUUGUGAACUACUACACUUGUAUGCCCAUAUAUGGUGGACUUUCGAACUAAAAGAUCAGACGGAAUGAGUCGUAAUGCUUUGGAGUUGGUGUUGGAUUAUACGGAAGAGUCCCACACUGUCGCCCCUAAAAUUUGUUCCUAACCUUCUCUGUUCUGUUCGUCUUUUUAAACGAAUUUGUCCUUUAAAGACAUAGUUUUCUAUUUUUCACUUUCAAAAAGUUUAAAAAGUGUUUUUAGUUGUAACUCUAUGCACGCGAUCAAUUUUGGUCAGAAAUCACUAAAUCGUAACGCUUGUGUUUCAACAGUACCAACUAGGAAGGUUGAUUCUUAAUAUAUCGUUUCAAUAAUAUAAUUUUAAUGAAAAUACUAUCUGCCUUGUCUUAAUUCACAAGUCUAUCACUACCGAAUGAAGACAUUUUUUUUCAUUACUUUGAUUUGGAUUUCUGUCGCUCAAUGUUUUAAGAUAGUAACAUUCAUCUCAGGAAUGAUAGGUUGAUAUGUUAAUACUUUGGGUAAGUUAAUACAGCGUAUGUUCAAGAAAACUUGUUGUGAAAAUUAUUUUUGUUUAUUAAAAUAUAUUUACAG